CUUUAUAAACAUUGUUUCAGUUUUGAAAACUUUCACUUAACGUUUUGCUUUCGACAGUAAAGUGUGUUAUUUCGUAUCUUAUAAAAAUGCUGCGUUCUGUGAUUUUAUUCUUGGCUAUUUUUGCUGUUGCAGUUUCUGCAACGAAUGUCAAAAAAUGCAAAAAAGGACCACUCCCAAUAUCGACUAUCAUUGAAGGAUGUGAAACUUUACCAUGUGAUGUGAUUAAAGGAACCACUGCAAUAAUGAACGCACAAUUUGUUGGAACUCACGAUAAUAUUAGAUCAAUGACAACUAAAGUCAGAGCCACAGUACUUGGAUUGACAGUUCCUUAUGCAUUGCCCGAUGAUGUAGCUGAUGUUUGUGCAAACUUAUUAGAUGGAGCAACAUGUCCUAUCGAUGAAGGCGAAGAUGCUAUUUAUAGCUUCAAGUUCCCCAUUGACAAUUCUUAUCCUGAGAUUUCAGUUAAAGUAGAAGUUUCAUUGGUUGAUGACGACACAAAUGAACCGGUGGCAUGUUUUGUUGCCGAUAUUAAAGUUAAGAAAGGAUCUUCUCUUUAAAUACUUGUCGGACAAUAUUAAUUAUGAACAAAAAAAAGCUUAUCUGUGAAUAAAAUUUAAAUGUUUAUAUUAUAAGGCAAUUAA